CCCAUAUCCUUACAGCGACUACAUCAGGUCCUUAACCCACUGAGCCACAGUGAGAACUCCGUAGAUAAAAGAGUUUUUAGGCAGUGGCUACACUGGCACUUCAUAUAUACAUAUAUACAUAUAAUAAUUUUUGUUUCUCCUUGGGAAUAAAAAUUUAGAACUAUUUUAGACUGUACAAUCUCAUGAUUAAUUUAAUAAGAAGAAAAGCAGUAUGUUGGUCAAGAUUUCACAGAGGAAGCAAUGUGAUUAUGGAAACAAGUCCAAACCAAAGCCUGGUUUAAGCAUCUCCAUCCCUCAGAGAAUGUCAUUAUAUAUUCAAGUAAGCCCAGUUAUUAGAAUCACAUCCUAUCCUGGCAAUGAGACCAGAUGCCAUCAAUGGGAGGAAACCUUGGACAAGCCCCAACAAGUGUGCUGGUAGAGAAGAUGCAAGGAUUCUAGGCCUUCAGAGCUUCUUUGGAAUUGUCAACAGUUUCUGGUGACCGAGGACGAUAUCAGGAAACAGGAAGGGAAAGUGAAGAUGGCAAGAGAGAGACUGGCAAUGGCAUUGAUGGCAGACAGGUUAGCAAUGGAGGCAGAGAAAGUGAGGAGCCAAAAAGGAUGUCCUGACAAACACUAUGAGGAAAAAAAAAAAAAAAAAGAGAAGAUGGUGCAGACAAAAUGGCACACAGCACUUUGCUAAUAUCUUUCUGCAAUGUCCGUAAGUUCCCCUUGCCUUGAGCCCUUGAAACUUUAAAAUAAACCAAUACUUUUAUUAAACUCUUUUGCGUGACAUAGAAACUAUAGACAGUGGUCUUUGGGAAGGGAGAGAGUUGCAGUCUGGUGAGAAGAUUUUCUCUUUUCGCGUGACCUCAUUUUCUUCUCUAUAUAUGUUAUUAUUUUGUUGUGUUUUGUCUUUCAGGGUCGCACCCGUGGCACAUGGAGG